ACUGCUUUACAUCUAUCCCCUACCUUCACUUUUACCUUCCAUAGACUACUUUGAUUUGCCUAUAACCUUCUCCUUUCUCUAGCUUCUCUUUGAGCUAUUAGCCUUCUCGAUCUCCCUCCUCCUACCAUUGAAUCAUCAUUUUCAUUCUUUUUCGAUCGCAUUAAGCUCAUCUCCUUGCCUUUAUUAUAGCUUGAGAACUUCCAGUUUUCUCUCUCAUAUAAUGGAUUAUCAGCCUAAUACUUCUCUUCGUCUAAGCCAACCCAACAAUCAACUUAACCUAGAGCUUGCCCUUGAAUCAUCUUCUUCCUCAUCGCCUCACAGUCCGGCUGAACCUCGAAUUUUCUCCUGUAACUAUUGCAGAAGAAAGUUCUAUAGUUCACAAGCACUUGGAGGCCACCAAAACGCCCACAAACUAGAACGAACUCUUGCCAAGAAAAGCAGAGAGCUAAGCUCAGCUGUCCGCACACAUGGGGGAUCGUAUUCCCACUCAGGAUCCAGUAUCAGUGGUUCGAGCCCUGCUCAACGUAUGCAGUCACCAAUCGCCCCGUUUGAACAACAAGGUCGAGCUGGUAGGUUUGCUGGAGAAAUGAGCUAUGCAAGGAGAGACAUGAACUAUGGUUCUAGAGAAGGGAUUGGUUCUUGGUCCAAGGGAUACAGGCCUGAAAAUGUUCAGGAGGAGUUUAGUCAGCUUGACUUAUCUUUAAGGCUGUGA